GGCAAGUGCGCUCAUUUCUACUGUGCAAGGAGAGGACAGAUUCAGAAGAGAGAGCACAAUGUUCAAGUCCACUGUUGGGAAAACGUUCACGAAGCUCGUUGUGGGAACUUCGGUGUUCUACGCCGGAGGUGUUGCCCUAGCUCUUCAGAACAACGCCUUCAACGAGCUCUUUACCGAUAAUGUUCCGUUUGCUGAAGAAGCGGUUGACUUUGUGGAGUCGUUGACAACAAACACCAACAAAGACUACAAUAUUCAGAACUUCAAGAAGAAGUUUGGAGAGCUUGAAAAGACCUUUGAGAUCCCAAAGUCCGGGUUGUUCUCCACAAAGAUUGACAGUGUGAAAGAGAAGGAAGAGGCUCUUUCUGAUAAAGUGAAGCAGGCUGUGGCCAAGGUGAAGGACACCGUCUCCACGACAUCUUUCCCUUCCGCGUCAUACAAGCUGCCAUUGUUGGAAUUGAAGAGUGAGAACCAAGACGUUCAAAAUGCCAUCACGGAGUUCAACGCGUUCAUCACAAAGAUCAACAACGGUGAGUUGAACCACGCCAUUGACUUUGGUGCACUCUCUGAGCUGUUCACAAAGUUGGAUAACGAAAUCAAAUCUUUACAGGACACCUCUUCCAAGGUGUUUGAUGAAAAAGUCCAAAAGGGUAUUGAGGGGAAAGCCAAUGAGGUUCUCGCAGACUUCAACAAGAGAUUUGACGCGAAGGUUAAAGAGAUUGAGGAUCAUCACAAUGCCCAGUUGGCCACCGAGGUUUCCUUGAACAAGCAAGUCUCUGAGAAGGAAUUUGCCAACCGUGCCAAAUUGAUUGCCAUCGAUGCUCAAAAGGCCAGUACCGAUGCUGUUGCAAAGGUUUUGGAGGAAGAGCGUGAAGGUAAAUAUGCUAACUUUGUUCAAUUGAACAAGUCUUUGGAAGACCUUCAAACUCUUGUUCUCCAACUUGAUCACCAUUUGGAUAAUGCCGACUUGAAAGUUCAAUUGCAAUACGAAUUGAAUAAAAUCAGAACAAAACUAGACUCUGAAAAGAAUGUUCAGUUCUCACAAGAGCUUGCUGAAUUGAAAAAAUUGGCCCAAGAGGCUGAUAACAAGGUCAUCGUCAACGCUGUUGAUGCCAUUGAUCCAAAAGCUGCAUCUGAGGGUCUUUUGACGCCUUCUCAAUUGAUAACGAGAUUUAACUUGUUGGCUCCAGAGUUAAGAACCGCUGCUCUCUUACCACCAAACGCUGGUGUUCUCGGUCACUUGGGUGCUAAAUUCUUUGCGUUCUUCUUGUUGAGCAAGGCUGGUGACGUUGAAGGUAAAGACAUUGAGAGUGUCAUUGCCAGAGUUCAAAACAACUUGGUGACAAACAGAUUGGACGAUGCCGUUGAGGAAGUUGCCAACUUGAAGGGCUGGAGUAGAACAUUGGCUGAUGAUUGGCUUGUUGAGAGCAGAAAGAGAUUGGAAGUUGAGUUCCUUGUCAAGGUUAUCGACUUGGAGUGCAAAUCCUUGUACUAG